AUGACUGACGCCGCUCGCUGGAAGGCCACAGUCCACGUCGGCGGGCUCUCACAGCUCGCCACGAGCACACAUGUCUUUGAUGCCUUUAUCCCAUUCGGCGACAUCGUGGAGGUGCAGGUCCCCAAGGCGGAUGCGCCAAACUCUACGGAUCCGCACAAGGGCUUUGCGUAUGUGGAAUUUGAGGACAGUGCGGACGCCAAAGAGGCCAUUGACAACAUGGACCAGUCUGAGUUUUUUGGCAAGGUGAUCAAGGUGUCGCCGGCCAGGGCGCCAAAGAGUGCGGAUGAAGGACUGGGAAGCAGAAAGGCGAUUUGGGAACAGGAGAGCUGGCUUGCUGAGCACGCGGCAGAGGAUGACGUCGCGAAUCAGGCAAACCUGGAGGAGCCAGCGUCGGAUCCUAUGCAAGGCCUCGAGGGGCUGGAUGUUGCAGGGCCAAAACCGGAGUGA